AGUGAACCGCACAGCAGGGACAACAGACAGACACGACAAUGCUUCGCAGUCAGAUGGUGUUCGCGCUGCUGGUGCUGGCGGCGGCCGCUAGAUGGCAGGAGGUGCUGUGCGGCGGGCACGCGCACUCUUACGUCCACCAAUCAGCGCCUGUCGUGGGCCCGGGGCAUCCCGUAGAGGUCGACCAUGGUCACGGCCAUGGACAUGGACAUGGUCACAGCGUCGACUACGUGGUGAGUGCAACAGUGGACCUAAGCAGACGCCGCUGCGAGGCGGAGCCGCCGCCCUGAAAGAUACAGCGUACCCGAAGUACGAGUUCGAGUACGGGGUGUCUGACGGGCACACAGGGGACCACCACUCCCAGAAGGAGCACCGCGACGGAGACGUCGUGACUGGCGAGUACUCGCUCAAGGAGGCGGACGGCAGCGUGCGCACCGUCAAGUACCACGCAGACAAGUCCGGCUUCCACCCCGUCGUGCACCACUCGCACCACGGCGUCAGCGGUGGAGCUGGAGGCUACGAAGGCGAUUAUGGAUACUGAAUACGGCUCACCAGAUCGGUUCGACAACUAGUUAAUGGCUGUGAGGACUGUACAAAGAUGCUCAUCACUUCACUAAUGACACAAAUCUGCAUGUUAAAAUGUUUAAGAUUAGUUGUUUUCUUGUUUUUGAACAAUGAAUCGUUUUGUAUGCUUAAUAAAUUUGUCUGAUAUGUUG